GGCGAUCAGGUGACUCCGAGCUCUGGGCGCUCGGGGCGGCAGUGACGUCAGGCGCGUCGCUGCUCUUCACUCACUCAGUGGCAGGUGCGGCGCGUCUUGUGCGGUCUCGGCUGGUCCCGUCAGCUCCCGACACAACCAGUGACCAACCCGUUGGUGGAGAGGUACAUUCUGCAGAUCCCUGAUGAACCAAGGAAAUCCUCCACCAUAUCCGGGCCCUGGUCCAACGGCCCCAUAUGCACCUUAUCCACAACCACCAAUGGGGCCUGAGGCCUACCCUCCAGGACCUAUGGGAGGACCCUACCCACCUCCCCAGGGGUACCCUUACCAAGGAUACCCACAGUAUGGCUGGCAAGGCGGACCGCAGGAGCCUCCUAAAACCACAGUGUACGUGGUGGAACAGGAAAGGAAGAAGGACGACACUGGGUGUCAGGCGGCCUUGGCUGCGUGCUGGGCUGCUCUCUGCUGCUGCUGUCUCCUGGAGAACCUGGAAUGAGCAGCCAAGACCCAGGUGUUCUCUCCAGUAACCGGAAUAAACCACCAGUGCUGCACAAUUUCCAUUUUUGCUGUCUGUGAAAACUACCUAAUCUACAGACUUCUAGAUUUUAGCACCUGUGAGAGGUGUGAAAUAGUAUCUCACUAUUCUAAUUUACCUUCUCUGAUGACUAGUGACCUUGACCAUAAAAAUCUACAUUUUUGGUGAUUUGCUUUUAUAAAUUUUGUGAAAUGCUUGUAUAUACCGGGGGUGCCCAAAAAAUGUACACAAGUGGACACCUUGGU